AUGAAGCCUUUGACUUUAAGAUCUCUUCUUCUGAGACCUUCGAUAACAUGUAGACCAUGUGUAUCUCGAAACUAUGCCGUUCAAUCCCCAGGAUCACCUACACUACAAGUCUUUGACAGACAUACAAAAUAUCUACAAAAAGAACGUGCAGCUUUGAACAAGGAGAAAAGCAGGCAGGUGGAUUAUCUGAAGGAUGAAGUAGCCAAGCGACUCUCGGAAAGGUUACUGGACAUCAACAGACAUUUCCAGCAUGUCCUAGACCUUGGGGCAAAUUCAUGCAAUAUAGCUAGAGCUCUCACUCUACCAGAUCCAGAUAUAGACCCAUCGAAACCUACAUCCCCUCCACUUUCCUCUCGUAUCGCCCAUCUCACAGCCGCAGACUCAUCUCGAAACAUGCUAUACCGAGACGAAGAUCUACCAUUCAACAAGGAAAUAAACCUCACACGCGAAGUGCUCGACGAUGAGGAAAGGUUAACUUACGAAGCAGAAACAUUCGAUGCAGUAUUGAGCUCAUUGAGUAUGCAUUGGAUCAAUGAUCUUCCAUCACUACUCGCGCAAAUCAAUCACGUAUUGAAACCCGAUGCACCUUUCAUAGCUGCAAUGCUCGGUGGCGAUACAUUAUUUGAAUUACGAACUUCAUUGCAGCUCGCAGAUAUGGAACGAAGAGGAGGAGUUUCUCCACAUGUUUCUCCUCUAGCAGAUGUAAAGGACGUCGGAGGACUAUUACAGAAAGCGGGGUUCAAAAUGUUAACCGUGGACAUUGACGACAUCAUUAUCGACUUUCCCGAUACAUUUGCCCUGAUGCAAGAUUUGCAACAGAUGGGUGAGAGUAACGCUACACUGGGAAGAGAGCCAGGUGCAAUUAAGAAGGAUGUUCUUCUCGCGAACGAGGGAAUAUAUCGAGAGUUACAUGGGAAUAAGGAUGGCACAAUACCUGCAACAUUUAGGUUGAUAUACAUGAUUGGUUGGAAGGAAGGACCAAAUCAAGCACAACCAUUACCUCGAGGUAGUGGAGAGAUCAAUAUGAAAGAUAUUCUUGGUGGUGGAGAUGUCAAAUGA